AAAUAAAUUAACAGUUACUGAGCACCCACCACUGUGCCACGCAGUGCAGAGCUUUCCCAUAGUUGAUGGCAUUUAACUACCCUUAGUCCUAGCAAGGGGUUCGGGAUGCUAAGUGCUGAGCCGAAGGACAGGCGUGCUGAGGUCCUCACCGACACAGGGAGGGCAAGGGGGCGCGGGAGCGCGCGUCCAGAGGCGCAGGCGCGGCGGCGCGCUCUCAUCCUCCGCUGCGGGGGGCGCUGCUUGUUGCCUCCACUCGCCGCGCCGCGGUCGCUCGCGUCAGGCCGGCUCCAUGAGGACGAAGCACGUGAACGUGCUGAUCGCGCUGGCCGCCUUCGUGCUUUUCAGCUUCUCCUGCUUCUGCAUCUCCAGGAUGACUCAAACCAGUAAUCAAUUAAUUAAUUGUAGAAACCAUAUUUUGGAAUUUAAGGAGAAAAUUCUACGUUUAAAAAAUAAAACUGAAAGAAAUCGCCAAGAGCUGAUCAAUGCCUUGAGUAAAAUGAAGUAUGAAAUGACACAGAGAGAAAAUACGUCCACAGACUUAGUUGAGAAGAAAAUGAAUACAUUGGGUAAGGAUGAAACAGUGUCUAAUAAUACAUUUGAAGUCCUAAAGUUCUUUUUCCCUCAUCUAAGGAAAGUGGGCAGAAUUUAUCCUGAUGUAAUCAUUGGCAAAGAGAAAAUAGGUGUCUCUUUUGCGCUGGGUAUUUCCACUGUUAGCAGAGGAAAUCAAAGUUACGUGAAGCAAACCCUGAAUUCUGUUGUCUCCAGGAUGACUCUCUCAGAAGAGAAGGACUCUGUGGUGAUUGUCUCGGUUGCAGAUAGAAAUGAAGAUUAUUUAAAAUCUGUUGUGGACAUGAUUACAAAAAGAUUCAAAAGGCAGCUGAAGUCUGGAUCCUUGGAAGUCAUUUCAAUACCUGCCUUUUUUUAUCCAAACAUGUUACAUGUCAAGCAGUCAACUGAGGACUCAGGAAAAUUAGAGAGUUGGCGCAUCAAACAAGUACUGGAUUUUUGUUUUUUGAUGCUUUAUGCCCAACCAAAGGCCAUGUAUUAUUUACAGCUAGAAGAUGAUAUCAUAGCUAAAAAGAUGUACUUUACAAAAAUCACAGAUUUUGUGCAUAAUAUCACUUCAAAUAAUUGGUUUUAUAUUGAGUUUUCAAUUCUUGGAUUCAUAGGAAAGCUAUUUAAAUCUGAGGACUUAACUGACUUUGUGCGGUUUUUUUUAAUGUUCUACAAAGAUAAACCCAUAGAUUUGCUUUUGGGGGACAUUUUUCAGGUAAAGAUGUGUAACCCAGGAGAGACUCCUGAAAAGUGUGCAGAACGAAAUAAGCAAAUUCGUAUUCGAUAUAAACCUUCUCUUUUCCAGCAUGUGGGUAUACAGUCAUCAUUCCCUGGAAGAGAACAAUAUUCCAAAAGAAUUACCCUUCAAGAGUGAAGAGAAGAUCAUCACUUCGCUCCAUGGGGCGGAAGAGGGUAUUUAGAGCUUCAACUACCUCAGACUUGCAAGCCAGUCUCACAGUUUUGCCCCAUCUUCACCUCCAUUUUUAGCAGUAGGGGGGUUUCUCUGCUGCAGAUGGUACUUCUGUUUCCAUACAGCUUUCACAGACCUCCAUUCUUUUGCCAUUGUUUCCCCUCCCAUUCUGUUUGUAAGAUCCUGUAUUUUUAACUGACCCUGAAGGUUAAGUGUGACUUCUAGAAAGAGUGAAAGUAAAUACUUGUGCCUGAUUCACCGUCUUUAUUAGGCAGCCUACUAGUUCAUUCUUGAACUUUGACUCUUUGGCCUAUUUGUUUUUUAACUUCCAAAAACAAAAUUUUAAUUUCCAGGACUUUCAGCUGAUUCUUUUUAUGUACACAAUACCCUUCCUAUCUCUCAGAGACAAUUAGUUACACUUAACCAUUAGCACAUUAGUAUAUGUGUAAUUCGUUAUUUUAACCACUUUCUAUGCUUAUUGUUAGUUCUGCAUCAUUGCCAUCCUUCUCUCCAUCUCCCCUGUUUCUCAGGGGAAAACUCAUGCAGUACAGAAUAUUUUUCCCCACAAAGUGCCAUGUUAGAUUCUGUCAGUGAGAGAUAGUCCCAGUAGAUGUGGAAGACAGCAGAGAAGGUAACAGUUGCCUGCUGUGGACAGGAAAUUGAGAUCACACUUGCUGCCAGGCAGCUGAGAUCAUCUGCCGUGGUUUCCAUAUGACCCUCGUACUUCCAGAUUUCCUGAACGUGCCUUCUUGACCUUUGCUCCCCCAAUCCUUCCAACAAUUGGGAUCACUUCCAGUUUGCUCCAUCUACAUUAAGUCUACUUCUUUAUUCAGAAUACCUCCAGUGGCAUCUGUUUCCUUGACUGACCUCAGUUUUCCGCUGAAUUGAGAUUUUGUUUCCUGCUUGUUGAGACUCUCUAUUUGUUUCGUUGUGAAUGCUGACUCUGUUUUCUGUCGCCUUCCUCCACUAUUGGUGGGAGGAAUGGGGCAGUCUACUGCUGCUCCCUGUGCACACAAGCUUUUUUUCUGAGUAGGGAAGACCCUUCUUGCUUCUCCACUGGAAACACCCACACCCAGUGCCUCUGCUGGGGAAUGGUCGUUUCUGAUGUCUGCUGCUCUGCAUAAGCACAUAUAUUCCAACUGUGACUCUGCAGUUAACUCCAGGGCCCUUGCCUGUUCCCCUAUAUCCACUGUCUCUUGAGUUUGGGUCAUCCUUAGAGCCACUCUCACCUUUUUAGUAGCUGGUGCCAGUGUGUUUUGGAAUUUGAAAUCCUCCCCUUCUCAUCUGGUCUCAUAUGCUUUCCAUCUGACACUCCCUCAGAAUGAUUUCUAUGGAUGGAAGGUGUUCAUGCAGAGUUAACAUUUGAUAUUUCAACAGUAAAAGGGGCACAAUCUGCAACUAUGUGAAUGGAACUAGAGGGUAUUAGGCUAAGCGAAAUUAGUCAGUUGGAGAAAGACAAAUAUCAUAUGACUUCCUUCAUAUGAGGACUUUAAGAUACAAAACAUGAACAUAAGGGAAGGGAAGCAAAAAUAAUAUAAAAACAGGGAGGGGAACAAAAUAUAAGAGACUCUUAAAUAUAGAGAACAGAGGGUUGCUGGAGGGGUUGUGGGAGGGAGGAUGGGCUAAGUGGGUAAGGUGCAUUAAGGAGUGUACUCCUGAAAUCAUUAUUGCACCAUAUGCUAACUAACUUGGAUGCAAAUUAAAAAAUGAAUAAACUACUAAUAAAAAUCAUCAAAAUCUUAAAAAAAAUAAAAAUAAAUUAAAAAGGUACAUAGUAUAUAACCAAAAGUAUGCAUUAUUUAUAUACAUACCACUUCACCAUGAAAAUGUGGGUGCAUUUCCAUGAAGAUAAUCCUGCAUUCUGUGAGUUCAAUUAGACCUGCAUCAUGUUGUUUGUUUGUUUGUUUGUUUGUUUGUUUUAUUUUUUUAGUGGGACUGAGGUCAGCAAAAUUUGAAGAAGGUAGCGCAGGUAACAAAUUUCCCAGGCAACUUCUUUAUCUGUUACCCUCUCAGUCACCUGUCUUUCUAACAAGCUCCUUUCAGAAUGUCUCCCUUCUUUCCUGCAAGAACAGCAAGAGACCACCACCACCUCAUUUUUUCCCUCCCACAUUAGGAAUUUGAAGUGCCUUCAGCACCCUCCACUGCAACCAGAUUUCCCUUUCAAAAACAAUUUCAGGGAAAUCGGGAACUAUCCUUUUGCUAACAUUUUUAGAUAUUUAAAAUUAGGUGUUUCCAAACUGAUGAAAGAGCUGCAGAAUGGGUUACCCCUUCCAUUUUCCAAAGGGUGCGUUUCAAAAUGGAAUAAAAUUCAAUCGUAUCAGAUUUUUAGCUUUGUUUAUAUUUAUUAAGCAAUAUACAUAUAUCCGGCUGAACAUUAACAAAAAGAGCAACAAUCCUCUGCAUUUUCCCCAUCCUUAUCUGACUCACCAGAGGCAAGGACAUUUAAUCAUUCUGGUUUAAAUGCUUGGUAGUUUUCUUUAUAUUGCUAAAUAAUACACUUACACUGCUAAUUUUUAUUUAUCCACAUUAUUUUUCCUGCAGUAUAGAUGAAAAUUUAGAUACUUAUUCAUUUUUACUAUGUCUUAGUCAGUUUGGGCUGCCAUAACAAAAAACAAAACACACGCACACACAAAAAAACACAAACUGGGUGGCUUAAACAACAGAAAUUUAUUUAUCACAUUUGUAGAGGCUGGGAAGUCCAAGAUCAGGAUGCCAGCAUGGGGGCUUUUGGUGAGACCCCACUUCCUGGUUUGUAGACAGCUGUCUUCUGACUAUAUCCUCACAUGGCCAAGAGUAGAGAAAGGUCUGGUCUCUUUAUCCCAUUAUAAAGGCACUAAAGUCGUUCAUGAACAUUCCACCUUUUUGACCUAAUUAUCUCCCAAAGGCCAAAGGCUAUAUUUCCAAAUACACUGAGGAUUUAGGCUUCAACAUACGAAUUUGAGGAAGGAGAUGCAAAUAUUCAGUUGAUGGGAUAUUAUGACAUUGAUUAUUUUGCCCCUUUCUUUUCUGAAUUUUCUGAAAGAAUAAUCAAAUAUUAAGUUUACUGAAUUGACCUUCUACGUGUCAUAGCUUUUAUUUACUAUGUCCUAUCAUUGGUUUUUCUAUGCACUAGGUGGAUUCCUUGACUAACUUUUCUAAUCAGUGUUUACUUUAUUUUUGUUUUAUUCCUUUUUUCCUAGCAUCCACUUGCGCUGUGAAUACAAUUUUUCUCAAAUCUCAGGAUACUAUUAGAUCUAUUUAUGAAACAUUUUUAUUUUUUUAAAGUUUAUUUAUUUAUUUUGAGAGAGACAGAGAGAGUGCAGGAAGGAGACAGGCAGAGAGAGAGUGGGACAGAGAAACCAAAGCAGGCUCUGUGCUGACAGCAGUGAGCCUGAUGUGGGUCUUGAACUCACGAACCAUGAGAUCAUACCCUGACCCGAAGUCAGAUGCUUAACCUACUGAGCCAUCCAAGUGCCCCUCAUGAAACAUUUUAAAGUUCUCUUCUGUAUUCUGAAUGCGCUGUUUUUUCUGUGACCAGAUAAAUCUAUCUGCUUGUCUAUUUUGAUCUGUUAGGUUACACACUUUCCUCAAAUAUUUAGUGAUUCUUGGUUCUCUGGUGGCAAAUAUGGGUAAUUUUAAUUCCUCUCCCUCCCCACUCCUUUCCCCACACUGCAUUUAUCUUCAUAUUCCUUUAUAAAAUUGAAAGGAAUGAGGCUUCCUGAGAGUUUUUGGUACAUGGAUAGAAUUUGUUGGCUUAUGGCCACCAUAAGUCGGUUAAGCUCCAACUCCGGCUGAGGUCAUGACCUUAUGGUUCAUGAAUUCGAGCCCCUCUGCUGUCAGCACAGAGCCCACUUCAGAUCCUCUGUCCCCAUCCCCCACCUUUCACACGUGCGUGCGUGCACUCUCGCACGAUGAAUAAACAUUUAAAGAAAAAAAAUUUUUUGGCUUACAAACUCUGUUGUAGAGUAUGUGGGUGACUAGGCUGUGAUUGUUUUGUGUUGGAGUGUUUUUUUUCCGUUUUUUUGUUUUCCCAUUGGUUUGAGUGAAGGGGCACCAACAUCGCAACCUAUGUCCCAAAGAGCUUUGUUCUGGGACAUAGGUUCACCCAGUGCCUGCCCUAGUUGCUAGUUACAUCUGGGUGGCUCAUUCAACUUUCCUUAGAGAAGACUAUGUGUAUCAGUUGCCUGGGGCGAAAAGGCCUUGCAGCUCUCCCGUGCUCCCGACAACACUCCCCCUUCCUUCUUCAGGGUUAGCUCCGCUUUGGCUUCCAUCUUUCAUCAAAUUUGCCAUCUCCAUUCUAGCCCUGUGUUCCACAUGCUGAAGUCACAGACUCCUCGGCUCCAUUGUCAGGCCCCACUCUUCCAUCAGAUUUAUGUCUCUCGUUAAUUUGAUUAAAUGUCUCCUCAGCUGUGAGCCUCCUCUAUUCUUUAUGUCAUUUGGAAUUUUAUGUUUUUCAUUCAUUUACUAUCAUUUCAGUGGGGUCUAGCCGUCCACUACCUAGAACCAAGGGUUUAGAUACUACAUUUCAACUUUUGUCAACUUUUAAUUUUAUUAAGUAAAAUAAAAUUUACAUUCAUGACCCCAGCAAGAUAAAUGUCACCCUCUUUUCUUUAACCAGGUCUAACAUAGCAACACCUUAAUAUUCAUUUCUUUAAGUCUUUUAAAAAAGCUUUUAUGUAAAAUUUGUUCCUUAACCAGUUAAAUUAUAUAUUACACUUCUCACAAAACUUUUUAAAAUGUAAGAUAAAUUUUCUAUAGUUCAUUAAGGAGAAAAAUAGUUUGGUUUAUUUCUAUUCAUCUAGCUAGUAGUUCAAAAAUAAUAAUUUAAUAAAAACAUUUAUCUUGGUGAUGAAUAUUCUAAGUUUUAAAUUUUUAAAAAUUUUGCCUGCCAUCAAUUUAAAUGUUCUUUAUCAUUUCAUGUUCUACGUCUAUAAUAAACAUAAAAGAGGUUUAGAAACAAAUAAAAUAUUUCUGUAUGAAUAAUUUCUGAAAACUCAAAUAAGAUACUUAGUUUUUCUAUUAGUUGGUAAGCAAGAGAAUAGUGUGUUUUUAUAAUUUGCCAGCGCGGCAUCCUACAUGAAAAGUUAUUUUUGUUUUACUGCGGCUCACUGGGCUUAGGGCAAAGUGUUUCAAUGUGUUGAAGUAGGGUUACCAAAUAAGAUACAGGAUACUUAAUUAACUUUGAAUUUAGUUAAACAAUCACUUUUUUUUUUUGUAUGUGUGACCCAUUUGUUUUAUUGCUGUUGCUAAAUCUACUAAGCCUCGUUGGAGGUGAUGGAGGGAAAGGAAGUAGAUAGAUAUCUCCCAUCAAAAUGCUUUAAUUGAAUUGAGUUUAUGCCUUUGACUUUUACUGAAUAACAAUAUAUGGCAUAUUUGCAUGUUUUUCAAGACUAUUAUUUAAAGUUUUGUUUUGUUUUUUUUUUAAUGUAAAGAUACAUGUGACAACUUUCUCUUAAUUAGAAAAAGGAUAUACUUUCCCAAGGAGUAGUCAUGAUUUGUUUGGCCCAUUGUGGGUAUUUUUGUUCCCUUUGACUAACAAGAAAUUCAAAACUAAUUUAAUAUGAAAUGUAGUACUCAUAUUUUCUUGCAUUCACAGCAAAAUUUCUCCAGUUCUAAUUUUAUAUUUAGUCUCUGAUUUUCUUUCAUAUAUUAGUGUUAAAAGAUUAUUAUGUUUCAAUUUUAUGUUUAUGUUUCAAUCCUAAAUCUUUCCUAUAUUUAUUUAUAUUUUAAAUUAUAAAAAUAAAGUGAAUGUUUAAAAAUAUCUGGAUAUUGUCAUAUUAGCGACAUCUGGCUGGCUCAGUAGAGCAUGCAACUCUUAAUCUCGGGGUUGUGAAUUCGAGCCCCAUGUUAGGUGUAGAGUUUAUUUAAAAAUAUUUGUACCUUAUCUACAACAGUUGGUUGGCUUUAGUGAUAAUCCCAGGUAUCCCAGUGAUGGAAAUCUACUUUCAAUAAUUUUAACACCAUGAUGGUAUUAAAAUUGAUAUUGUCUAAUACAUCUUAAGAAUCAUGUCUUUGCCAAUUUAAAUAUUCUUCUCUACUUAUAAGGUGAAAGAGUGGUCAAAAGGAUAGAAUAAAGAAUGUUAUCAAAAUUUUUCAUAAAAAUAAUUAUAUCCUUGUGAAUUAAUUAAUUUCUAUUUAAUUAAUUUUCUAGAUACUAUACAUUUCUUGU